AUGAGUUCUACUGAAUUUUGUAAAACUGAUCCUGCCUACAUAGAAGCUAAACGACGUGAAUUAAAGGAGUUUUUCAAAGAUGCUAAAUUUCCUCAAGAAGUUAUCGAUAAUGUAAUUGAGAAUGAAUUGAAACCUUUGACGGAAUGUGCCAAUCAGAAUAAACCAUACAUUGCUGCAUCUGCACCGGGCGAUGUAAAGUCUGAAUACGAAGUAAUGUCAGGUCAACCAUUUACGGAAUUCGCAGACUGUACCAAACCGCUGAGCUCAGAAGAGGUAAUGAAUAUGAUAAAAGAUAAUCCUAUUAUCGCAGAAAAAGCGCGCCAAAUUCAAAUAACAACCGACCGAGAUGGGCGAUGUAAGGGUAAGACAAUACCCUAUGAUCAAAUAAAUAUCGACACCUUUGGAGAAAUGACUGACGAGUUAAAUGCAGCUAAGGGUGAUGUAGAAAAAAUUAAGAACAUUAAAUAUAAAAACAUGCAAGCCUUGUUUAAGUCAGCCGAUGAUUUUUCAGCAAAAGACGGUACGAUUAAAGAUAAAGUUGUUGAUAGUGAUGGUGAGAGUCAAGAAUCUAGUAGCGAUGAGCGAGAAUUUCAGACGAUUGACAAAGUUGUUACAGAAAUUACCAAUAAAUCGUACGAGACUCGUUUUAACGAGACCAGGAACAUGCUACAGAAGUUGGCUGACAAAUAUGAAGAUCCAGAACAAAUGAAAAAUGUUAGCAAAGAACGUAAACUUAUCGUUACAGAAGAUGCCAUCUUAAAGGAAUCCUCGUCCCAUCUUAUAAAGGGUCAAAUAAGACCAACUGUGUUCGAUGAAGUCAAAGAAACUUACAUGAUUAAUGAAGCAAUGAACAUUUCUUUAGUGGAUAAUCCUGUUAAACCCGAUCUAAGUUGUAAACCGAAAAAUAUCACAAAGGUGAAAACAAAAAAAGUUGACGAAGAAAUAGUUAAUUUUGAAGAUGUUUUUCCAAGAACUUUUGAGGAAAAAUUAAAAGACACCGAAAAGGCCUUACGCGAUAUAAACUCUAUGUUUGAUACAAAUAAAUCAUGUCAAAAUAAAGAAGAGAAUAAGGUGAAUAUUGAAGAGCCUUCUCAGAUUAAAAUCGAAUGUGCAAAUGUUAUAGAAGACGUCACAGUCAGUAGGGAUCAAAACAAAACGAAAUUUGAUGAAACGAUGGAAGAAACAUUGCAUUACGCCUUAGAAGACAUUCUUGAUAUUGGUAAUAAUGACAAUACAGAGAACAAAGAAAUGGAAUUCCAAGAAAUGAAAAACUUGGCUCGAAACAUUGUAGAUGGUGCAGAAAAUCUCAGUCUGCUAAUACGCGAAGACAUUACAAAUAAACUCAAUAGUAUGCAUGAGCUUUUGAACGAUGUAAACGUUGCUUUAGAAAAUUCUAGAAAAUCUAAUCUGGCCUACCAAAAAUUAAAAGAGGAGAGUGAGCAACGCAAUAAAUUUAGAACAAGUAAUACCGAUAACGAAAACGAAAGUAUAGAUGACCAAAAAAAAGGCCACAAUGAGGCUGAACAGAAAUCUGUAACUCAAACCGAUAUAGAUGAGAUUCAUUCUGCGAUUAAUAAUUUAAAUGAUGAAAUAAAAUGUCAUGAAGAUAGAAUAAACAAAAGCAAAGAAAGCUGUGAAAUGCGAACAAAAGAGUGUCGAAAUUUUAUUAAAGAAGUUGAUGAUGUCUUACUUAAAUCCCAAGAAAUAUUACACCCAAAGGCAGUUACUUCAGUGAGUAUCAUUUCGGAAGUCAAGAAUGAAAUGUAUUCAACUAACGACGUAAAAAGUUCGCGUAAGGAAUUAUGGGAUCUCGAUAUAGUAUCCCAGGACGAGAAAAAUAAGAGAAUAGCCGAACACAAAAAGCAAGAACUGGAGAGAAACAAACGAAUAAACGAUUUGUUGUAUAAUAUUAAAGACAAAAUGAAAGAUAAUAAAGAAGUGGUGCGGCUGGCUAAUAACUUAAUGCGUACAGGUGAUAGUAAACAGAACUCUUCAGAUUCUUGUAAAAUUACUGAAAUUCCAAACCUAGAUAACGAUAUAAGAGCACAAGGAGAUCACAUUCAUGAAAACGAAAAAGCUGCUAUUGUUUCUAAAAUAUCAGUAAUACCUCCUCUUGAUGAUGAAAAAAGGAAAGAGGAAGACGCAAGAAAACUUAAAGAGAAGGACGCUGAAAGACAGAGACAGAUAGAGUUCAAACGAAAGGUGGAAAAGGAGAUGGAAGAACAGAACAAAGGACCCCGGAUGACUAAAGAGUUUAUACGAAAUCAUUGUAAACAGCACAAGCUCUAUUGCACUCCAUAUCUUAAUGAUAUUUUAUAUUUGCAUUUCAAGGGUUUUUCAAAGAUAGAGAAUCUGGAAGAGUACACAGGUCUAAAAUGUAUUUUUCUCGAAAACAACGGUAUCCAGCGUAUCGAGGGUCUGGACACACUGUCAGAGUUAAAGUGCUUAUAUUUGCACUAUAACAUCGUGAGGAAAAUAGAAAAUUUGGACGGCUGUCCUAAGCUGGAUACGUUAAAUUUGGACCAUAAUUUUGUUACGAAGAUUGAGAAUUUAGAUGUCGUCCCGGAUUUGCAUACUUUAAGCAUCGGACAUAACAUGCUGACGACUGUAGAUGACUUACAUCAUUUGAGAACUUGCAAGAAUCUAUCAGUGCUGGAUCUCUCCUACAACCGUCUAGAGGAUCCCCUGAUAGUGGAUGUGUUGGCUGAUAUGGACGUGCUCAAGGUAUUGGUGCUAACGGGUAACCCAGUAGUGCGCAACAUCCCAGCAUAUCGCAAGACAUUAACGCUGCGUCUAAAAGAGCUGCUAAACUUGGACAAUCGUCCAGUAUUUCCAAGGGAUCGGGCUUGCGCUGAAGCCUGGCAGAGAGGGGGAGUCCAAGAGGAGAUAGCUGAAAGGAAACGAUGGAUUGCUCGGGAUCAGGAGAAAGUAAUGGAGAGCGUCCGAUAUUUAAUCAGAAUGAGAGAUGAGAAUAAAGCAAAGAGAGAAGCUAGGGAGAAAGAAGAGAGAGAGAAGCAGGGAUUACCUCCAAAGGAAGAAGAGAAUCCACAGAUAGAUGAAGUCGAUGACGCAGUUACAGAAGAAAAAUGUCAAGAAGUGAAGACUAAAGGUGGCGUUUUGGUUGACAUGCUCAGCGGCUCCGAAGCGGAUGAUACCACCAGUGAGAGCGAUAGUGACAGUGAAGGGGAUAAGCCUGGAGUAGAAACACCGAACAUAGAGUGGUCAGAGUUAGGAAAGGAUAAGAGGUUGGUCCAAGAGGUGAAAGAAGAAAAGCAAGAUGAAGCCGAGGACAUGUGGCCAGGAUUUGGAAAUCGCAUCACUCCAGCACCAGGGGAUUUUACUACGAAUGCCCAAGCUCUAAACAAUUUGCUCUUUAACCAAGCACCACACGUGGAUAGAAGAAGUGUACAAAAAGUGUUGAGCGAACCUCAGCCUUCGUCGGGUAUGAAAAUAACUGAAGUCGAUGGAAGUGAUGAAACUCUUACUCAGUUCGAAGCGAAGCGAAGACCACUGAUAGAAAUCAUAGAAGAAUAUAAUAAAAAAUCAGAGAAACAAAAUGAACAACCUCUUGUUGAGGACGCUCAUGAGAAACCUAUGAAAAAUAUAGCUAUAAAAGAAAUAAAAGCAGAUACAGCCGCUGGUGGUGGGGAGGCUAAAACAGAUAAAACCGAUGACGUGAAAGAUAACGAGUCAUCAAAUAAGAGUGAAUCGGAAAAUAAAUCUACCAAUGAUGAUGAUGAUAGUAAUAUAAAGAGCAUUGAUGAACGCAGGCGUAGUGUGCAACAAAGCGAGGGUGACGGUGCUGCCCUCAUCAGUUUCCUCAGCAACACCGACCCGGACACCAACGACGAAGCUCUCAAGCCGAGUGCCGAAGACCUGGAGAUAUUCGCUGAGCUGGAGCGGGAACAGGAGGAGAGGGAGGCGAGGAUCGCGAGGGGAGAAGCGCCUGUUGAUCCUAUGAAACUUUACGACAAGAAAACAAUGGACGCUUUCUACAAAGCCGAAGAGAGGAAACCCGCGCACGAGCUGGUUGAUAAGAAUUACGUCACUACUUAUAAGACGGACAAUGCCUUUGAUAGGAUCGCUCUCAGCCAGCUCACGAAGGGAGAUCAACCUGAUCCGAAUAAAGUUAAACUAACCCAUGAGCCCGGCGCUGUUUUGUUUCAAUACGUUAAUAAUCAAGCGCCCAUCGAAGUUGAGUAUGAAAUUGGUGAAGAAAAAUUCGACUCCGCUUCGUCCUCAGAUGAUACACAAUCUAUAAACAUAGACAGUGACACUGACACGAGUGAUUCUAAAGAACUGCUUCUAGCAGAAGGUAGUAGAACUAAAACUUAUGAUGUGGUUGAGACGGAUACGAAAAGAAAUAGACCGAAAACAGCGAAUCAACGCGGCACUUAUAAACAGAAAGAGAUACGUGACGAUAAGGUUGAUAAUAAUGAGAGUAGAGAUGCUUUCAUUGAUACCAGCGCCGCUCCUGGAGGUGAUGGCGCACAACCCAGCUCCUCUGGCGAGCCGAACCCGGAUCGUGAUGAAGCCAAGCGCAGUAUCAUUGAUACUAUAAACUCGUAUGAGGAUAACAGGUUUCCUUCAGGAGGAACAAAUUACGCGGAUAUGGAUCAAAACGCGCGCAUAGAAGAAUCGGUCGCGUCGGAGAUUCUCGAAAGAACCAUCCGCUACGAAGAGGAGCAGUACUACAGGCAGUGCGAUGUCGUCAACUUGCACGCGGGGAAAGUGGACAACAGGACAAAUGCGAUCAUUGAGACUAUAUCUGAUAGUUUGGAUAACCAGUACACGUUGCCCGAAGUGUCGCAAAUUCUGGAAGCACACAUAAGCUUGGCGGAACAAAGAUGGCGCGCCGGUGAGUAUGUGCGAUACGUGCCGAGCCCGCCAGAGUCUAUAAUCGAUGACAAUGACGUUGACAGAACACUUGUUCCAAGCAGCGACACGUCUUUUGAUGACACACUGACAGAAGCGAGAGCAAUGCCCGUUAUUAAUGAAGCUAAUGAUUCCGGAAUUGGGAAUGAUGAAAAUAAUGAUUCCAGAGUUGAAUAUGCAUCGGUUGUUGAUUUACCGACUGUUGAGGUUAAUGAAGCUAAUGUUAGUGCUGUAUCUAAUGAGGGCGAUGAAGUUUUUGAAGAUUGUAUCGAUGUUAAUGAUAAGGUUGAAGCGGGGGGUCAAGGGGAUUUCGAUCGCGUUGACGAAAAUUAUACAUUGGAAAUGAAAUUGGCGCUUGAGAUUGAAAAGCCGUGACUAUAAGCUAUAAGAAUUAUAGAUAAAGAAGAUUAUAGUUUUUG